ACACUUAUAUCAAGGCCUAAAUUUCAUUUCGUGUCAAUGCCGGCACGAGGGUGAUUUCGUGAGUCCAUAAUUCCACGCAAUUGCACAGAAACUCGAUCGAUAAUUUCUACAAUGGGUGACCGCUACGUCAAAAAGUCCACAAAGUCAACUAAAAAACCUGACGUUUUUGCCUCCCGAAACUCAUCCCUCAUUGGUCCAUUCUUCUUUUUCUUCAUUUUCAUAGUAUUUAAAUCAUAUGCAUUUGCCCAAUAAUACUAAUCAACUCAAUUCAACUCAACUCACUCUGCAAAUCAAACUCCAAUCCAAACCCAUCCAACAAUGUCUUCCACAGAUUCCAAAUUGGCCAUGGCCAAGACAGUCCUCUCCACCGCCGCCUCCGUUGCCGCCACCGCCAUGGUGGUCCGAAGCGUCGCCACCGAUUUCCUCCCCCCUGAAUUCCAAAACUAUAUCUUCUUCAACCUCCGCAACUUCUUCUCCCGAUUCUCCUCCCACCUCACAAUGGUCAUCGACGAAUUCGACGGCCUCGUCAACAACCAAAUCUACGACGCCGCCAACGUCUACCUCUCCACCAAAAUCUCCCCCACCACCACUCACCGCCUCAAAGUCACCAAAAUCGACGAUGAAAAGAGCAUCAACGUUUCAAUGGAUCGCAACGAAGAGGUCACCGACUUGUUCGACGGUGCGAAGCUCAAAUGGAUCUGGCUAUGCCACCAAGUCGAGUCCAAGCACUUCUACAACCGUCGCGAUAUGAACUCGACGCUACGAUCGGAGGUCCGAUCCUUCGAAUUGACUUUCCACAAGAAGCACAAACAGAAGGUUCUCGAAUCUUACUUUCCAUACAUAAUGAAAGAGGCGAAAUCGAUGAAGGACGAGAAGAAGACGGUGAAGAUCUUCACCGUGGAUUACGAGAACAUGUUCAAUUUGGCGGAUUUGUGGACGGCGGUGAAUCUGAACCAUCCGGCGACUUUCGAGACGGUAGCGAUGGAUUCGGAGAUGAAGAAGAUGAUCUUGGAGGACCUCGAGAGGUUCGUGAAUCGGAAAGAUUUCUAUAGGAAGGUCGGGAAAGCAUGGAAGAGAGGUUACUUGUUGUACGGACCGCCGGGAACGGGGAAAUCGAGCUUGAUUGCGGCCAUGGCGAAUUACUUGAAUUUUGAUGUGUAUGAUUUGGAGUUGACGGGGCUGCGGUGUAACUCCGAUUUGCGGCGGUUGUUGGUGGCGACGGCGAACAGGUCGAUUUUGGUGGUGGAGGACAUUGACUGCACCAUUGAGUUGCAGGAUCGGAUGGCUUUGGCUCGGGCUUCGCAGCCGCAUGGGUUUCAUCAGGAAGAAAACAAGGUGACAUUAUCAGGGUUGCUCAAUUUUGUGGACGGUCUCUGGUCUAGUUGUGGCGAUGAGAGGAUCAUAGUGUUCACCACAAACCACAAGGACAAGCUCGACCCCGCAUUGUUGCGGCCGGGUCGGAUGGACAUUCACAUUCACAUGUCCUAUUGCACCCCAUGCGGGUUCAAACUACUUGCAUCGAACUAUCUCGGCAUUACAGACUAUGAACUUUUUGGAGAGAUUGAAGAAUUGAUUCAGUCGACCGAGGUGACUCCGGCUGAAGUAGCCGAGCAGUUGUUGAAGACGGACGAUCCUGAUGCCACGCUCAGCGGCUUAAUUGAUUUUCUACAAGGGAAGAGGAAGGAAAAGGAGGAGGACGAUGCGAAGAAAGUAGUUGAAGUGGAAUCAAUUGAAACGGAGGAGAAGAAAGAGGAACAAGAGGGAUGAGGGUGGAGAGGAAGAGAAAGAACACGUUGACAACUAGGAAAUAUGAAUUCAGAGGGGAGCAAAUUAUAGGAAUAGAAAUGCUUGGGGGCUCUAAUUAGAGUCACUACUAAUGAUUUGUCAGUGGGUCCCACACUGCUACAGUGUAUGUUUUCACUAGUGGUGGAUUUAUAGCUCUUUAUUUAGAACUCUAAA